GGUACCUAGCUACUGACGAAGUAGAGGGUUAUCUAAUGAGUUGUUAUAUGAUGUUAACUGGACUAUAAUCUUUUUAUAUUCCAAAUUGUUGUUACGGUGGUCCUCUUACCUAGGAAGAAGACAGAAAUCACCUUUCAAUGAUCAUGCCUCGAAAGAUUCACCCAGCGUCUCAGCCAGAUUGGAACAAUCUCGCCGUUAUUCACAAGAAUAGCCUUCAUCCUCGGGCCAAUUUCCACAUAUAUAACACGAUACAGGACGCAUUGAAUUAUGACAGCACUAAAUCCAACACUUACUCCCUCUCGGGGAUUUGGAAAUUCAAGCUUGCCGAAAGCCCAUUCGAAGGCCCCGAAGGAUUCGAGGAUCCGACCUUCAACACAGCAGAAUGGGAUAACAUAACAGUGCCUAGUAUGUGGCAGCUGAACGGCUACGGAAAGGGGCCUCACUACACCAACGUGAAUUUCCCUAUCCCCGUAGACCCACCUAAUGUUCCCCUCGACGAAAAUGAGACUGGAUUUUACGUCAGGAAAUUCACAGUCCCUGAUAAUCUCACUGGCUUACAGCUGAGGCUAAGAUUCGAGGGAGUAGAUUCUGCCUUCCAUGUUUGGGUGAACGGAAAAGAAGUGGGAUACCAUCAGGGGUCGCGGAACCCGACCGAGUUCGACGUCACAAGUGUAGUUCAUCAGGAGGGCGAAAACACUAUCGCAGUUCGAGUUUAUCAAUAUUGCGAUGGUACUUACAUUGAGGAUCAGACAAAGUUAGACAGCCAGUACAUCAAUGCCGAUCUAAAAGUCAAGAUAGAUAUCACCGGCUCUGGUAAGCUCCGAGUCGACCUUUGGGACCCAUCUAAGAGCAAGGUCAUUACUACGGAGACAAGAACUGUGUCUCAGGGAUGUGCCGAAUUCUCCCUCCCAAUACAAAACCCUUCGAAAUGGACGGCAGAAACACCGAUACUGUAUAACCUUGUUAUCUCUUUGAAUGAUACCAGCUUCGUUGCUCAUCGCGUGGGGUUCCGCCAGGUAGAAAUGAAGGAUGGCCUAAUCAAAGUCAAUGGUCGCCGGAUUAUUCUCAAAGGCGCCAAUCGACACGAGCAUCACCCCAGACUUGGACGCGCUGUUCCAUUUGAAUUCAUGAAGCGGGACCUUAUCCUUAUGAAAACUCAUAAUAUCAAUGCCAUUCGGACCUGUCACCAACCGAGCGAUGUUCGUCUGUAUGACUUAGCCGACGAAUUAGGAUUCUGGGUUAUGGACGAGGCCGAUCUUGAAUGCCACGGAUUCGAGUCAAUAUGCGAUGCCGCGCUAUCUCCUGCUGAAAGAGCGCUUCCGUUCCGCGAGAGGCAGCUUCUCACCCGGACGGACGCAGCCAAAUGGACAACGGACAAUCCCGCUUGGGAACAAGCCUAUGUGGAUCGCGCGAAGCAACUGGUUUAUCGCGACCAGCUUCACCCCUCCGUCAUCAUUUGGUCUCUAGGAAAUGAAGCCUUCUUUGGCCGAAACUUCAAGUCUAUGUAUAAUUGGAUCAAAUCAUAUGAUGACAGCCGGCCUAUCCAUUACGAGGCCGAUAUAUACGCCGAAACUAUGGACAUGUAUUCAACAAUGUACCCGCCGAUUGAAACCAUCAUCGAGUUUGCCAAGGAUGAAUCUAAGAGAAAGCCUCUUGUCCUAUGCGAGUUUAUUCACGCAAUGGGCAAUGGACCAGGUAACAUUAAGGAGUACAUUGACGCUUUUUAUGAAUAUCCAAAGCUUCAAGGCGGCUUUGUAUGGGAAUGGGCGAACCAUGGUCUCCUUACCAGGGACAAGGAAUCUAACGAUGAGUUCUAUGCUUACGGCGGAGAUUUUGGUGACGAGCCCAACGAUAGCAACUUCAUCAUGGACGGGGUGCUACACUCUGACCACACGCCAACUCCUGGAUUAGUUGAAUACAAAAAGGGGAUAGAGCCCAUCAAAGUUGUUUCUUACGCGUCGCAGACAGCCACGGUCAUAAAUCGAUAUGACUUCAUUACUCUUGAUCAUCUCGGAUGUAUUUACGUGAUCUUGGAUGAGGGCAAACCAACCUCUCACACCGGCAGCAUCGAACUUCCAUCCGGCAUAGAACCUGGCCAAACUGCUGAACUAGCGCUCCCAUCUCGACCCGCAGAUUUGACAGGAGAAGGGAUAUUGCAACUAUUCUUUUAUCAGCGUGCUGCAACUCCAUCCCUCCCAGCCGGAUUCGAAAUCGCCUUCGAAGAGAUUCCACUCAAUAGCCCCGCUCUUCCUCUCGCUCUUCAGCUUCAAUCUACGGAUAAAGUGACUAUUACUGAAACAUCGACUCUCUGGAAAAUUUCUAGCCCGGCUACAUCAUGGAAUUUCUCGCCAAUUCAUGGAAGACUACGAUCCUUUACGAAGAAUCACACCGAGCUCUUAGCCGUGAGCCCGGAGUUCACCGCUUAUCGAGCACCUACCGAUAAUGAUGCGCCUCAAGAUGGGCGCGACUGGAAAAAUAGGCUUUUACACCUUGCUAAGUGUCAGACGCGUAGCUGCACGUGGGGUACCGAAGCCGACGGGCACGCCGUCAUAGUUCGGGUGCAGCAGCGAUUCGCUCCACCUGUCCUUUCAUGGUCCAUUGAAUUAGACAUUACGUACGCGUUUUACGCAUCAGGUACGCUCAUCAUACAUGUGAAGGGCAAACCAAAGGGGUUAAAUUUGCCUCGUACCCUACCGCGUAUAGGCCUCACUAUGGAACUACCGAGAGAAUGGGCCGGAGGAAAUAAAGAUGCAGCGGCGGUAACUUGGUACGGGCGCGGUCCAGGCGAGAGUUACAGGGACAAGAAGCUGUCGCAGCGUCUAGGCGUGUAUCAAGUUGCCGUGGUGUCUGAGCUCUGGACCGACUACGAGUACCCGCAAGAAGGCGGCAACAGGACGGACACGCGGUGGGUAAAGUUUACGCAUGCUAGUGGCGAAUCGAUCACGGCUUUCUUUUCGGAUCAGAAUGAUACUGAAAGAAAGCGGAAGCUGUUUGAUUUCAACGCGUCGCAUUACCGGGUCGCAGACGUAGAGGCGGCGAAGCACCCUUAUGAAUUACAGAGGAAGAAAACGGAUAACGUCGUCCUCAGACUGGAUGCGGCACACCAUGGAUUGGGAAGCGGCUCGUGUGGACCUAGGACUAGGGAUGAAUACUCGUUAUUGAUGGAGGACUUUGAGUUUGAAGUCGUAUUGGCAUAGGGACUUUUUAAGGCCCAUAUACCUAUUCAAUCAAUAGGUACCUCCUAAGGUAUCGUCUCUUUAACUUCUUGAGGGUCUAUCACAAGUAUCUUCGUACCCAAGACGACCUAUUAGCUUCAAUAUAUAGGUAGGUAGAUACAUCAUUACAUGAGUAAACCAGCCAGAUACGUCGGGUUCGUUCAACGAUCAUGAUAGAAUAU